GGCCUCGGUCCCCGGCAGCGUUUUAAACGCCCCCACACGGCUCCUCCGGGGCGACACCUGUCCACCAUUCCCCUCUCUCGCCUCGCCGCCGCGGUCGCGCAGCGCCCCUUCCCGCACCCACCAACGCGCGUCUUCCACCUCGCCUCUCAGGUCUCCACCAAAUUCCUCCUAAUCCGCGGGAUUUUCCUUUGCUAAUUCGGGUAUCCCUUGUCGCCAAGCCACUCCGCUCUGCCAAACCCCUGCUCUGAGCUCUCCCGAUUGGCGGCUCCGGCCUCCUGGCGCGUGCUUGCGAGGGGGUUGGUGGAUUUGGUGUGCGACGGCGGAUCGGAGAUGGAUUUCCCGGGCGGGAGCGGGAGGCGGCAGCAGCAGCAGCCGGAGCCGGAGCACCUGCCGCCGAUGACGCCGCUGCCGCUGGCGCGGCAGGGGUCGGUGUACUCGCUCACGUUCGACGAGUUCCAGACCGCGCUCGGCGGAGCGGGCAAGGACUUCGGGUCCAUGAACAUGGACGAGCUCCUGCGCAGCAUCUGGACGGCGGAGGAGACGCACGCCGUCGCGGCCGCCAGCGCGUCGGCAGCGUCCACGGCCGCCGCGGACCACGCCGCGCGGGCGGCCAUCCAGCGCCAGGGGUCACUCACCCUCCCCCGCACCCUCAGCCAGAAGACCGUCGACGAGGUCUGGCGCGACAUCAUGUGCUUCGGCGGGCCCUCCGCCGCGCCGGCGGAGGCGGCGCCGCCCUCGCCGGCACAGCGGCAGCAGACGCUCGGGGAGAUCACGCUGGAGGAGUUCCUCGUGCGCGCCGGCGUGGUGAGCGAGGACAUGACGGCGCCACCGCCGGUACCACCUGUGCCGGUGGCGGCGGCGCCACCCCGACCACCUCCGCCGCAGCCGCCAAUGCUGUUUCCCCAUAGCAAUGUGUUUGCUCCAUUGAUGCCUCCACUGCCUUUCGGGACUGGAUUGGUGUCAGGGGCUGUCGGUCAGGGAGAUGGUGCCGCGCCCCCGGCGGUAUCGCCGGUGAGACCGGUUACGUCCAACGGGUUCGGCAAGAUGGAAGGAGGGGACUUGUCCUCUCUGUCGCCAUCACCGGUGCCUUACGUUUUCAACGGUGGUCUGAGGGGAAGGAAAGCUCCAGCUAUGGAGAAGGUGGUUGAGAGGAGGCAGCGGCGGAUGAUCAAGAACCGGGAGUCCGCCGCGAGGUCGCGCCAGAGGAAGCAGGCAUAUAUGAUGGAGUUGGAAGCUGAGAUAGCAAAACUUAAAGAGAUUAAUGAAGAGUUACAGAAAAAGCAGGUCGAAAUGCUGGAGAAACAAAAGGAUGAGGUCCUGGAGAGAAGGAGCCGGCAAGUUGGACCCACGGCAAAGAGAAUUUGUCUGCGGAGGACACUGACAGGUCCUUGGUAGGCUGUAGACCUGUAUAAAGCAGUUACUCUCAUCUGGAGGUGUGUAUAUAGUAGGUGCACAUGAACUCACAAUCGCCAGAGUUUCCGGUGUUGACAUAGCCGUUAAUUCAGAGCUCCAGUCUCGUAGGCGGAUAGAUUGCCUGUGAAUUUCACUGCAUAGGUUUUGGCCCUUCGCAAAACAUGUUCCAGUGUGUAGAGUUCCAGUGUAUGUAGUCUGGUCAGUUUGUUGACCCGAGAAGCGCGUGCUCAUGCU